AUGUCCAACGAAGACCAAAACCCCAUGAACGUCUACGGACAGGGCGGACCGCCAAAUCAAGAUAACGCAGGUCAGCCGAAUCCACAGAAUGAAUUUGGACCAAAUCCCAACCCUCUACAAGUUAAUGUAGAUAUAGAUGUACUCAGUAGAUAUAUUGCAGAUAAUAUUCAACGUCAAGCUCCCCAACAUGUCAAUGCUAAUCGAGCACCAGAAAACACACCAUACCCCAUACAUGCGAAUUAUAAAGAUUUCACUAGGUAUGUACCAGAGUUCGAUGGUACAACAAAAACAUGUUCCCUCAAUACUUUUAUUAAUUAUUGUGAAUCCGCAAGAGAAUACACUCAAGCGAUUGGCGAAAGACCAGUAGUCGCAUUACUGAGAAGUAAAUGCAAAGGCGUUGCAUGCGAAAGUCUAGAAAGUUUUACAAUUUCAACAAUCGAUGACCUCAUCAACAUUUUGAGAAGUAGAUUCAUUACAUCGAAACCCUUGUUCGCGUGGCUCGAGGAAUUAAACACUUUCGAACAAAAAGAUAAAGAAACAUUCCUCGCUUUCUAUAGUCGAAUCAACUUGCAUCUUACUCAAACUCAACAGGCCAUCGGCUUGUCAAAAUUGCAAGACCCGGAAGGAGCAAAAAAUUACGCUCGAGACAUGGCAAUAAAUCAAUUCCGUAGAGGCGUAAACCCAGCUUACAGCGCUCACAUACCUAUCACAGUCUUCGCUACCCUCGAAAGUAUUUAUCAACAGACAAUCGAAAUCGAAAAACUAGUAGGACCAAUAGAAAGAAAUAACAAAAAUCAAUCAACCUGCCUCCCUAUUAGUUCGCAAGAUAACAAAAACUCAAAUAAUAAACCAAUGCAAAACGCAAACACGACCGGUAAACUUUGUAAAUUUUGCAAGAAAACAAAUCACGUUACGGACGACUGUUACGCUCUUGCAAAACAAAACAAACAACAAGAACAACAACAAAAACCUCAACAAUUACAGCAACAACAAACGACUGAAAACAAAAGUAGUGUAUCUUGCAACUAUUGCAAAAAACCGGGACACGUAAUAAACGACUGUCGUAGCAGAGCGUACAAUAACGGCAAAAAGGCUGCGGCGAAUGCAGGCGACGAUUUUCCUGUAGAAUUUGAUGCAAUACUUGGUCAUGAGACCCUCGGUAAUAGCAACGGUAAAAUUGACUGGAUGGAGAGGUGCGUGCAAAUCAAUGAUGUAAAAGUACCAUUUACAAACACCGAAUCAUUUCUUCUGCGGGCCAGACAGAAAAUGGUCAUGUUUGUUCGAGUGGGAAAUACUCUAGAGACAGGCUACGUACCCCGCAUAAGAUUUCCAGAAGGCGUUUACGCAGGCGAAGCAUUGGUGAAAAACACCGACGGCAAAGCUUACCUUUACGCUAUCAAUACCCUUGACAAAGACGUUAAAGUGGACGUUCCCGUUAUAUCCCUCUAUCCUUUUGAUAUGAGUACGGACGAAAACGAGGAACAGAACGAAGAUUCCGCAAUUGGCAAAGCUAAAAUACAUAGUAUCCCUUCUCGGACGCGAGAAAAUCGUGUAGAAAACGUGAUAAACCUUUUGCGCCUCGACCACCUUAAUGUCGAAGAGCGAGACGCGGUAAAUGCACUCGUUGCAGAAAACGCAGACCUCUUUCAUUUACCGGGCGACCCUCUGAAAUCAACUAGCGAAUGCAAGCAUCGAAUCUUAACAGUGAACGACAGACCUGUCAACACGAGACAAUACCGACAUCCACCCUUUCAAAGACCAGAGAUCGAAAAACAAAUUAACGAUUUAUUAGAACUCAAUAUAAUCGAACCAUCUAAAUCUCCGUACAAUUCACCGGUGUGGAUAGUUCCGAAAAAAGCAGACUCAAAAGGAAAUAAAAGAUGGAGACUUGUGAUCGAUUUUAGAAAACUCAACGAAGUCACGAUAGGAGACGCUUAUCCUUUACCCUUAAUAACCGAUAUCCUUGAUCAACUCGGCGGAGCAAAAUACUUUUCAAUUUUCGAUUUAGCAUCUGGAUUCCACCAAAUACAGAUGGAUCCAGCAGAUAAACAUAAAACAGCUUUUACAACCCCCCACGGUCACUACGAGUUUAACAGAAUGCCAUUCGGUCUAAAGAAUGCACCAGCAACCUUUCAGCGCCUAAUGGACCUCGUACUUAAAGGUCUUCAGGGCAAUGAACUGUUCGUAUACCUGGAUGACAUAGUCAUCUACGCUCGUUCCUUAGACGAACACAAUAGUAAAUUCAAAAAAUUGGCCGAACGUCUACGAACUGCUAAUCUCACUCUUCAAACCGACAAGUGCGAAUUUCUAAGAACGGAAGUACGGUAUCUAGGUCACCUUAUAUCAGCUGAUGGCGUAAAACCCGACCCUAAAAACAUCGAAGCGGUUCAAAAAUUUAACGUACCAAAGACCCCAAAAAACGUUAAAGAAUUUUUAGGACUUGCAGGUUACUACCGGCGUUUCAUAAAAAAUUUCGCAGCAAUAGCAAAACCAUUAUCAGAUCUAACCAGCAAAAAUGUCGAAUUCCACUGGAAUUCAGAACAUCAAUUAGCAUUCGAAACGCUGCGCGAUAAACUCUGCUCUGCUCCAAUCCUUCAAUACCCGAAUUUCUCCGAACCUUUCAUCGUGACAACCGACGCAUCUAAUUAUGCGGUCGGUGCAAUUCUUUCACAAGGCAAAGUCGGUCAAGACCCUAUGGUGGCUGCUGCCUCAAGGGUCCUAAACAAAGCCGAACGGAACUACUCCACCACCGAAAAAGAAAUGGUCGCAGUGCUCUUCGCAAUAAAAACCUUCAGACCCUACCUUUAUGGCAGGGAAUUCUUACUUCUAACGGAUCACCGACCACUUGCUUGGAUCGACUCAAUGAAAGAAGGCGAAGACAAUACAGUCGACGCGGUCUCUUCAAUUGCAACAGAUCAAGAGAUUUGCCCAUCCUCGGAUCAGAAAAUUUCUGAGGAACAGGACAAAUCCUUCACAACCCUCGAAAAUAUACACUCCGAAAACUCUAACCCUGCUGAAUCAAUGGAGGUCACAUCACCACAUUGUCCAAACACACCUUCGGCCGAAUCCAGCACAGAAUCCGACGAAAAAUCCCUGUACUUUACUCCUCAAACCCCUCCAAUUCUCAGUGACCAUAUGUCAUCAAGAAUAACUGAGAUCCCACAAAAACCUUUAGAAAAACGUACACAAAAAACGGCAGAAUUCACACCGCCCCCUAGUAAACGUACGAAAAGAAAAUCGCACAGCACCACAAGCUCUCUCGAAUCAGGGAGUAAUCCAGAUAGGGAAACCCAAAAGAGCGAAACUCAGUCUCAAAUAUGCGAUACACAGAAGCCCGAAAACAGCCAGGAAGCACCAAGUGAUCUAAACGGGAAAGAAAUAGCUCCUAACGAAAAAACGGUACCUGACACAAAUUUAAUAUGCACAACGCUCUCGAACGAAAAGCCUAACGCCAUAGAAAAUAAAGAAAAUACCAUUUUAACACACAUUAAUGUCACGUCUGGCGUGCCACGUUAA